GUUUGAGGCUAAACCUUGCAGUCUCACGAACUGGUUUAAUCCAAACUCCGAUUUUUUUUCCUGUUUUCCACCGCGGAAGUUAACGGUGACAUUAGCUUGACUGACUUGUCAGUAUGGCUGUACAGAACGCUUUGUUAAAAUAAAAAUGUUGAAGAUGACGUCUCGUUGAUACAGACAUGAGUGACAACGUGAAGUUGUUUGUGGGGAACCUUCCUUUAGAUGCAACCCAGGAGGAGCUGAGUAAACUCUUUGCUCCUUAUGGAGAGAUCAACACAUGCUCGUUGCUCAGACAGUAUGCUUUUGUUACUUUGAAGGGCGAGGGGGCAGCAGACAGGGCCAUACGACAUCUUGAUGGCAAAGAGUACAGAGGCAGGCCCCUGGUUGUCGAGGAGUCUCGUGCACGCCCACCCAACUCCAUCAAAGUGUUUGUAGGGAACAUUAGUGCAACGUGUUCAGCAGAUGACUUGCAUGGGCUGUUUUCAACUUUUGGAAGAGUUUUAGAUUGCGAUAAAGUCAAAGCCAGAUUAUGUUCAAAUGUUGGCUAUGCAUUUGUGCAUAUGGAGAGGAAGGAGGAAGCCCUGGCAGCAAUCGAGGCGCUCAAUGGGACUGUGUUUAAGGGUCGUCCGUUAGCUGUGGAACUCUCUAAAGCUCAACCUCUGAUCAAUCAGCUCGCAUCAGCGGGAGGUUCAGCGUCUCCUGGAGGUGGCAAAGAGGGUCUUCUUCCUCGACCUCCUCCGUCUCUAGAACAUCACCAAAGCCAGGCAGCUGUGCUAGCUGCAGCUGCUGCAGCAGCGGCUGGUCUACCCAUACAAGUUCAACAAAGUGUCCAUAACUCAUUUUACAACACAACAACCUUUGACGCCACCUACGCUGCUCUAAAGGGCAUCACAAGUGCUAAAGGUGCAGACGGGGUCAUUUAUGGUGCCCUUGCAAGCCAGGUGUAUGGAUCGGUUGCAGACCAGGUGUACCAAGAAAUGGCCAAUCCUCCUGUCGCUGUGGAUGAGGGAGAUCCAUCUGUUGCACCAGAUCCAACAACACUGUUUGAGGCAGCAAGAGCGAAGUUUUUUCAGGAAGGACAAAAGGUUCUGGCAGAGCAGCAGGCAGGAAGGAAGGCGGCGGCGGCAGCAGCCGCCUCUGAAAGCGAGCGGGACCGCAGUCCCAUUAGAGGAAACAGAGCACCCCUCCUUCCCGACCCCGUUCCAAGCUCCUUUGCUCAGAUGCGGUCCAAACGCCGUGCCCUGCUGCCAACACCACCUGGAGUACCCGAAGAGCCUGCAGAAGCCCCCGCAACUGCUGAAGGGUCAGAUCCUGUUUCAAGGUCUUACACAGAGUACUACCAACAAAUGCAUCAGUACCAGCAAUAUCAACAAUACCAGGAACAGUAUCAGUACCUUCAGUAUGCCUACACAAAUCCUCCUCCGCCGCCUCCCCCACCACCGGCUACAACACAAACACAAGCUGCCACCACAGCCCCUGCACCCCCAGGGACAUACUCAGCCCCUCCGACAUUCGCCACGUCCAACGCCUAUGCCGCCCCAGGAACCUAUGACGCUUCGGGAAGCUACAGCGCCUCUUCGGUGAGCUACAACACUUCAUCCGGGAGUUACGAUGGCUCCGCUGGAAGCUACAACACCUCGACAGGAUAUGACACAUCUGCAAGCUACGGGGCACCUGGAGCAUAUGAUUCUUCUGGAGCUUACCCAGCAGCGGAAAACUACUCCACAUCUACACCGUAUGAGCAGACACCCGCACACGGGCAACCCAUGCCCCAGCGUCACGAUUACCCUUACCACACGCCAGAACCCCCUUAUCGAUAGUCAGUCCCAACCCCCCACACACUUACACACCUCUGUGUGUGUUCACGUAUUAUACGUAAAGAGGAAACUUCAACAGGUUGUAAUUCGAAUGUGCUUUAAAGCAUCGCCUCCUUUCUCUGACUUGGCUAAAUAGUUUGCCAAUCGUCGUCUGCGUGUUAGCAAGGUUUUUAGACAAGCGGAGGUAAUAGGGCAACUUAAAUUGGAUUAUCACUCAUCAUUCAAAUUUUCUCUUAGAUGUUGUGGCUCAGCUGGUUUCUUGUUGAAUGUUAACACUUGGACAUUGCCGAGGUCAGGGUUAGGAUUAAAACAGUUUGCUUCUGGAUCAAGGCCUUUUAUAUACUCUACAAAAGUUUUUAUUUUUUCACUGCUUAAAUGUGCAUUUUUAAUUUCUUGAUUGUCUUUGAUUUACUUGAGUUAUUUUAAAAGCUGCAAUGUUUAACAAGUAUUUUCUAUUGUUUCGUAUAUGUCAGAGUAGACAAACAAUAAGUGGUCAGUUCCCUAUAGGUCAACAAACAAAACUACAUCCUAUAAAAAUCCUAGGUUAUGCUCAUCUUUCAGAAACUUUGCAGUCUUGUAAUAAUUCCAAAAUAUUUAUUGUAGCAUUUCUGAUUUUGGCAGAUGUUUUAGUUUGGACUAACUGACAAGUUUCCCUCUCCUUGUGGAGUAUGUAAAAGGCCUUCAAGGAGUCCAGUUUCAGUGAUCUUUUGUAGCUAUGUUUCUGUUCAGAGGCUGGUUGGCACAUACGUGUCAUCUACAUGUGCUCAAAAAUGAGAGACGACAUGAAAAUAAGUUUUACAGUAACCAGAUGGUACGGUUGACCUGGUUGUCUGGUGUCUCUGAGCUUCUGGGUUUUAUACUCAGAAAAAUGGUGACAUCAUGUUUUGGUCUUCUCCACUGUAGGUCUGGCGCCAUUGAAUGUUCUUGUUGGAGCUCAAAUGCUGCCAUCUGAUUUACAGCGUAGAGUGAUUGUCUCGGUUUGUUUCAGUGCCAAGAAAAUAACUUUGGAGUAAACGUUUGGCUCAGUGAGGCAGUUUGAUUUAUUUUGAAGGAGGGUUUGAUUGAUUUGUGUUUUAAAAACUAUAGCAUGCAGGGGAUAAAUCAAGGAACAUCAAAGCUGGUUUAAACUUUCUGUGCGACUUGAAAUACUUGCGUUUUCACAUUAAAUGAUCUAAUUGGCUGUUCCCCUUUUGGUUAGUUUGAUUAUAAUUUGGUUAUUUAUUUGUUUAGAUAAGGCUUUUUUUUUUUGUUUUUAAUACCAGUGUCAACUGAAGCUGGUUGAUUUUUGCUCAUUUAGAAACACUGAGUAUUUAUAUUUUUGAGCGUUCUAGCAAAAAAAGUAGAAUACCUUUUCAUUAUUGUACAGUUUUAAACAUUACCCACUUCUCCGGCGAGGAUAUUUUUGUUGGUUUUGUACAUAAUGUGAAUUUGAAGAGGCGAGAUUAAUGUCUGCAAAUACGUGAUUAAGAAUUUUCACAGUAUUUGAGCGUUGUUAAUACUUAAAUUCCCAUUAGUUUUUCAAAUUUUCUAUCAGACCUUUUGCUUUUUUUAGCAGGGUGCAUUAGUUGACACGCCUUCAUUUAAUGGAACACAUUAGGGUUUUUUGGGGUAAAAACAAAGUUGGGUUUUGUAAAUACUGGAAUCCUUUGGUUGAAAGAGUAACGCCAGCCAAUAUUUGGUAACAUUAUUGACUGUUAGUAAGAGGUGAUUGCAUUUUUUAAGCCGCUGUAGAUGUCGAGCUAACCCUGAAAAAGUGGUGAGUGGUGUUGAGCAGUCAUUCCUUCUAAUUUGUUAUGAAUCGCCAUGAUGUGGUAUUGUUUAGGGUGGAUGUGCUGUGGCUGUGUUGCAGGUAACAUAAAARUUGAGUUUUCUCCUGUAGCUUUCAUCACCUUAUUUGGACACAUGGUGAGAAAUAUGAACCUUUUCUGGGUUUAGAUCACAGCUAGACAGCGCCUCAUUUACAUCAAGAUGUAUUUUACUUAAAGCGCUUUGUAGUUGAAGCCAGAGCACACCUGAUUCCAGCCGACUCUUUGACUCUCAGAUGUGAUUGCAUCCCACAUUACUCAACUGUGUUUAGCAUUGGGUACACCAACUGCAAGUGAUGUAAGGUUUAAAUGAACACAUUGCGAGCCUACAUUUCCACAUUGUUCCACCUUCUCCAUGUGAACUGUCAGUUGCAUGCCUUGUUGUUGCUGCUGCUCCAGCCACCUUCUUCCUCUUGCUGAUUAUUGCAGCUAGAGUGGGAGGGAGCCAAACUGAGCCCUUGCCCUGGACGUACGCCGCACGCAGCUGUAGAGUGGGAUGGGGAAAACAGCAGCGUUAGGCCUGAAAUGCUGUGGACGAUGGGGUGUCUCCUCACUAAGGUAAACACUCAGACCACACACUCCUGCCCCCCCCCUGAAACACGCACACACACUGACUAGCACACCAACACUUAACGUCCAUUACCUGUUAUUCCUUACCUGUCUUCGGGAUUUUCAUUUGUCAAGAUUUCAGAUUUCUGGAAAAUAAAAGUUUUAUCUCCUGUCCUGUUUUUUGGUUUGGGAGAUCACGUUCUUCCUGCUUUUGGUUUCCACUGCUCACUUUUCUCCGAGCAUACUCUGCUCAUWCAUUCCUGCUCCGAGCUUGACAAGUCGCAUACAAUGCUCCGAGGACAUCUGUACCAGCUUCUGUCUAAAUCUCCACGCUUUCAGCAGACAUGUUGUUCUUAGUACAGCCUGUCACUUAAAAGUACCAGACAAUCACAGCCAGAGGCAGAUUUGGGGCAUUCAGGUUGGAUGGGUUAUUUUAAUUUUGGUUAAAGCGACCCUGUGGCAACAUCGGGGGUUAGGUGCCUUGAUGAAGAGCGCACUGGUAGACCCCUGAUUUCAGAGUUGAACAACCUGGCACAGGAUCGGUUGCUGGUUCAACUCUCGACUCUCCUCCCCAAAACAAAUUUUCAAUGCCGCAUUCAACCUGUAUGAACGACGGUGAACACAAAUACUAACAUGUUUUAAAUUACGUUUUGUCUUUUUGUUCUUUGACAUGUUUAAUUAUCAAUAAAUGAAUUUCAAUUUAA